CGAAGAGCGCGGCCUACCCUCUGAAUGCAGCGCCUCAACCAUACUAUCUUUGGAGCAUACUCUUUUGGGUUAGGGCUUUCGCCAGGCAAACAUGCAAGCCAGCGCGGACUAUGCGCAACAAUUUCCGCGAGACUUAUUCGUUGAUGUAUUACGCCAUUUGGGUCCUCGUGGAAUGGUUAAGCUGUCCCUCGUGGACAAGUUCUGCCGAGACCUCGUGUACGACAACGAGAACCUCUGGCGCCAGCACUGCUUAGCAAGAUGGCCCGACUGCACCAAAGCUUCUGCUACUGACGCCGCUGACGUCGUCAAAGCCAACCAGGGCAGCUGGCGGACGCUGUACGGCGACCUGGCCGCUGCGGCCUCCUUCCGCUCGGCCUUCGAGGCUGGGAAGGAAGCCACCAGGUCCGCGCGGCUGCUGCCGGGUGACGUGGCCAGUCGGCAGCUGCUGGACCGCUGCUUCGAGCGGUUCGCCGAGGCUACCUACGCGCUGGGGCUGGCAGCAGCGGGCCACCGCUCCGUGCGGUGCAGCUCCGCCUACCUGCGGCACACGCGGGAGGACCUGGUCUGGUGGCUGGACUACCAGCCGCAGGCGGUGGUGCGGUUCGUGCGCUGCUGCCACGAUGAACUGCUGGAUGCCUCGCAGCGCGGCAGCAGCGCCGCACUUCACAGGCUGUGGGCCACCAGGUUCUGUUGGCGUCGCAGUGCGCUGGAGUUUGUCCUGGAUGCAUGUGAUGAUGGCUGCCCUCACCACCACCACCACCACCAUGACAGCUCGCUGCGAAAGCGUUUGCAACGAGAAUGCGCCGCGCUUGAUGCCACCAUUUGCCGCCUGCACACUCAGUUCCCAGCCGCCAUAAGCCUCGACAGGUACUGCAGCAGCGGCAGCAGCGGCAGUGGCAGCAGCACCCGUACUCCCCUCGCCUGUUCGCCACCUUUCUCGACCUCACCUAGGUCUCAGUCGAUCGCACCCGAGCUCGCUUUCGACGAUGUGGAGGAGGCCUGGGGCCGGCAGGCGGUGGCCGUCGUACAACGGCCUGGCUCCUUUCAUGAUGCAGCCCCUUUAGAAGGGAGUAGAAACAACGGCGAAGCUGUGGAGGCUGCAGGGCGCGCAGCAGCAGCAGCAGCAACACCAAUAGCCGGCGGCGACUGUGCAGGUUGGGGUGUGGUUGCCGGCGGGGGCCUGCUAGCAUGCAGGCGUUUGGAGCCGCCCUGCCACCACUGGUGGGCGUGGCUGCCGCAGGAGUUUGUGCAGGAGUAUGCGUACGAGGGAGAGGGGGGCAAAGGGCUGCGUGGGGUGAUGGUGCCGUACGACAGGGGUUUGUACGAACUGCAUGUGUAGAAGUGAGGUCCUACGUACUGCCGCGAAGUUCGUAUGUUAAGAAAACUGGCCGCGAAGUUCGUAUGUACACGUGAUCGUCUUAAACAGGGCUGAAGACGGGUGUACCUGGGUGUCGUUGCUGGGGUCAUGCAAUCCAACUUUUGCAGUGUAGUGAAUACUGAACAGGCACCGCCGAAGAAUGUCGCAGGUAAUGAUCUUGCAGAUCUUUGUGGGCUGAUUGUAUGCCGUAUGUUGUUGCUGUUGUUGGAGUUGACGCGCAACCACAGGGCUUGUCAAGCGUACAUAAGGCCGCCUUGGUUACCCCUUUAUUGCGGGCUGCAUGGUUGCCGGAUAGAUGAGAUGUUGCCCCACUCCAGCAUGGUCUGUGGCUGCUCAAAGUGUGUGGUCAUGAUGAUGGGAGGUCAGGCCGCUGCUUGCCGCUUUGGAGUUGUUAGGGUGCUGGGGCGAAACACGGCAAUCUGUAAACAGCUCAGAAGGAUGG